AUGGCCACCGCCAUCACCAUCCAGCCCUCGUCUGGCCCGGCGGGCUCCCGUGCUGCCCUGGCCUCCGAUCCUCACCAUCUGGUCCGCCCCCGGAUGAACAACGCCGCCUCGUCCGACUCGCCCUCGUCCCUGCUGUCCGCCGUCCCUGUCCUCGCCCGUGGCCCGGGCCGCGAUGGAGUCAGCUGCGACGCCUGUCUGCAACGCAAGAGCCGCUGCGCCAUGAACGAGCUGGUCAACAAGUGCUACUCAUGUGAAUUCCAUCGCCAGGACUGCACCUUCACCGUCGCCAGCAGCAACCUGCCCCUCGCCGGCGACGCCUCUCCGUCCAGGAAACGGAAACUCGACGAAGCCGGCGACGGGGAACCCGCCAAGAGACAAUCGAUAGACGUGUCCUAUUCUCCCGAGUCCAGCGCAAAGGACAUGUCGCGGCCCUCGACCAGGGCUACAGAGGUUGCCUCGCCCAAGCUCUCAUGCCAGACCAGCCAGCACAUUGGCAUGACGACGGAGCUCGAGCCCAUUCUCCUCGAGCAUCUGCCGCUGGACGCAAACGAUGAGAGUCUGCUCGCCAGCUCGCAUCGCGUGCGCCGGUUUGGCGAAGACGGCACUUUCAUGCGGAUGAUUGACAACCCAGUCGAAACGCCGUCCGUCUCGCUGGACGCCGUUGAGAACCUCGUCGCUCCGUAUGGCUCCACCCUCGUCGACAGAUUUUUCCAGCGCAUCCAUCCGGUCUUCCCCGUCCUGAUGGAAGAUGCCUUCCGCCAGGCCUACCGGACGAGGAGAGGGCUCUCGCCUCUUCUCCUGUCCUCCGUCUACCUGCUGGCCCUGAAGUUUCUGGACGUCGAGCCGGGCUCCCGCACGGUGAGGACGCCGGACGCCGGCCGUCUCGAAAGCACGGCCAUGAAGCUGCUGACCGAGUCUCUUCCUCGCGCCAACAUCACCACCAUCCAAGCCGGUCUGCUGCUCAUGCAGAAAUCCUCGCUCAACACGUCCGCGUUGAACGCGCAGCUCGUCACGGCCGCGUUCGAGCUGGGACUGCACCAGGAUUGCACCCACUGGAAAAUCGGGACGGCCGAGAAGGGCCUGCGGAAACGGAUGGCCUGGGCGCUAUACAUGCAGGACAAGUGGUCGUCGCUGAUGCACGGGCGGCCGUCGCAUAUCUCGGCGGCCAACUGGACCGUCCGCGAUCUGGUGGAAGACGAUUUCAUGGGCGCGUUUCCGCUCGUGAAGCGGGAAGACGGCGGCUUGACCGUCGGCCACGGUCCUCUGCUCUUCUGCCAGCACGUCGCGCUGACCGCGAUCCUGUCUGAAGUCCUCGACAACUUCUACACCCUCCGCGCCGCCGAGAUGUUCAACGCGUCCGGCAACAACCAGACCCGGUUCAUCCUGGAAAGAGCCAAGCCCGUCCAGAUCCGGUUGAAGGAGUGGUUUGCGCGUCUGCCCCCGCAGCUCAAGAUGGAUACCAGCGUCUCGUUGUCGGGAGAUUUCCUGGAAGAUCUGACGGAGGAGACGGCCUGCAACGGGGCCCUGCACCUGGCCUAUUUCGCGACCGAGAUCACGCUGCACCGCUGCAUCGUACGGUCGCUGAGCCCUGCCACGGCGGACAACUACCUCUCGCACAUCUGCCGGUCCGCAGCUAAGACGCGCCUGAUCUCCGCGAUGGACUUUGUCAACCGGCUGCGACCCGCGCACCUGCGGUCGUUCUGGCCCGCGGCGGCGCGGACCAACUUUGCGCUGAUCGGUUCGUUCGGGGCGCUGCUCCUGGCCACGGCGCCGACGAGGGAGGAGGCCGAGUUCUACCGCCUGCGCCUGGGCGAGUACCGGUGGACGCUGUCCGUCAGCAUCAAAAACGCCGAGUUCCUGAACUAUGCCCUUGAGAGCCUCGAUCUCGCGACGAGUCUGGUGAAAAAUGUCCCCGAGAAACCGGGCAUCGAGGAGCUGAUGGCCUCCUCCACCAAGGCCGCACCAUCAUCGGCGCCGCGUAGUCAGGAUCCUCCCGCCGCCAGUGAUGGCCCCUCUUCCGCUCGACCCAAUAACAACAUGCUAGAAGCGACCGAGCGAGCGGGCUCUUCGUCGGUGGUAUCAGGACUCGCCUCGCCCGCGACGUCGGUAUCCGGCAGCGAAGAACCGGAGGAGACGUAUACCUUGUAA